AUGAUCAACAGCCACGCCAACAAUCCCAUUCCCUGCAAGUUUCUUCACCAUCUCCAACUCCUAUGUGGCCCCGCCUCCUUUUUUGGCAACCUGCGGUGGCUCCUCAGAAGUGGACUCCAACUACCUCCACACAUACUCACUUCGCCGACACACCAAGACGCAUACAAUGUUGUUCGAGAUCUAGGACGAGUACUACGAGCAGUCAAAGAGGGGAAGAUUGCGUGCAGCAGCGGACCGGGCCUCCCAAAGAUUGCAAGGCCUGCUGCUGGUGCUGCUGACCAGAUAUCUUCUCAGGAGGGCCCGGCCGCGUGGUUCAAACCGGCUCAAGCUCUACACCCGCUUCCAUUCGUCGCUCAUUUACCACUCCGAUCCGACCUCCGCGCCGUCCUCUGGUGCUGGAUGGCAGCCAGAUUGCGCUCGGAUUCACGCCUCCAACCGCUUCUCAAACAAGAACAACCCAGCCACAACCUUGGUGCCCGCUUCAAGGGAAUCGGCUUGCUGUGGCGAGGGAUUGUGCCUACCCCGACGGUCACCAUCCUGGACCGAGACCAUGUAGUUUAUAUUCUUGGGUACAAUAUGCUACGCUCGGCCUCAUCCAACCACCAUUUGACUCCCUUGACCGUCUCAAGGCUGCCGGGCGGAUACUCGGCAGAGGAGUCAGCUUUAGAGAGUGUCCCCUUACUCUCCCUCACUUCGAGGCCCCCAGGAAUGCCCAGGCCGUGA